AUGCGAACAGCAUUCAAGAUUAGGGAUCUUGGUGAACCUAGUUUCUUGCUAGGGAUUGAAAUAAUCAAGUGUAAGGAUGGAAUUUUGCUCUCUCAGCAAAGAUACAUGACAGAUAUCUUAAAACGUGCUGGCAUGACAGAUUGUAAACCUCUUGUCACCCCUAUGUCUGCUUCUAAACCCGCUGUCUCCCAUGCGGAUUUAUAUGAAGAUGCCACACACUAUAAAAGUCUGACAGGUGCAUUACAAUAUCUUACAGUUACCCGCCCAGAUUUGUCCUUUGUAGUAAAUCAUCUAUGUCAGCACAUGCAUGUGCUUACCGUCUCGUAUUGGGAACAAUUGAAACGUGUUCUAAGGUAUGUAAAGGGAACUAUCACUUCUGGUUUGCGAAUUCGCAGAUCAGUAUCCAGAGAAUUACAUGCUUUCUCAUAUUCCGAUUGGGCUGGCGAUCCUGAAGAUCGUAAAUCAACCAGUGGGUAUGUAGUUUUUCUUGGUUCUAAUUUUAUAUCGUGGGUAUGCAAGAAGCAACGGACUAUUGCUAGAUCAUCUACUGAAGCCGAGUGUAAAGCUUUAGCAGAUGUCUGUGCCGAGGUAAUCUGGACUCUCUCGCUCCUACAAGAAAUCGGCAUAACCAACAAUUUCCAGCAGGUGGGCGAUAGGUGA